CACUGGCCGACGGAUUGGUGAGACACAGAAAAAGCAGCAGAGAUCUCUGGAGUGUAUGAAGCUCGCUGUUAAGUUCGGGCUCCCCGCAGACUCAGCCAGCCUACGUGAACUAACCAUGAGUACAUCAGAGUCAUUGGAUCGAAUGGAACUCUGCGAAAGUCUCUUGACAUGGAUCCAAACAUUUGGAGUAGAAACACCAUGUAAGACAGUUGAAGAUUUGACCAGUGGGGUCGUAAUGGCCCAAGUCCUGCAGAAAAUAGAUAUAUCAUAUUUUAAUGAUACUUGGAUUACCAGAAUCAAGCCAGACGCCGGGGACAACUGGAGGUUAAAGGUCAGCAAUCUAAAGAAAAUCUUGAAAGGCAUACUGGACUAUUACCAGGAGGUCUUAGGUCAACACAUCAAUGAUUUCACACUACCAGAUGUAAAUUUGAUAGGAGAGCACUCUGAUGCUGCAGAACUCGGGAGAAUGUUACAACUCAUUCUGGGCUGUGCCGUUAACUGCGAACAGAAACAAGAAUACAUCCAGACCAUAAUGGUGAUGGAGGAAUCAGUACAGCAUGUCGUCAUGACCGCCAUUCAGGAGCUGAUGAGUAAAGAGACUGCUGUCGCCCCUGGAGGAAAUGACUCGUAUGUAGAUCUGGACAGAGAGCUAAAGAAGACGAUUGAGGAGCUGAAUGAUGCUUUGGCAACCAAGGAAGAGAUUGCUCAGCGGUGUCGCGAGCUUGACUUGCAGGCCCUCCAUGCCCAAGAGGAGCGUGAUAGACUGAGGUUAGACUUUAAUGAGCUAGAAGAGAGGGUAGCGGCUCUGCAAGAGGAGAAGAGCAGUCUGUUGGCAGAGAACCAGGUCCUGAUGGAGAGACUUAACCAGUCUGACUCUAUCGAGGACAUAAACAGCCCUGCUGGACGUAGACAUCUCCAGCUGCAGACACAGCUGGAGCAGUUACAAGAAGAAACUUUCCGUCUGGAGGCGGCAAAAGACGACUACCGGAUCCGUUGUGAGGAGCUUGAGAAAGAGCUUCUAGAUGUGAAGUCUCAGAAUGAAGAACUCACGUCUUUGGCAGAUGAAGCCCAAUCUCUGAAGGACGAGAUGGAUGUGCUUAGACAUUCAUCUGACAAGGUUUCCAAACUGGAGGGCACCGUGGAACACUACAAGAAAAAACUGGAAGACAUGGGGCUACUCAGGAGACAGAUUAAGCUUCUGGAGGAGAAGAACACAGUGUUAAUGCAGACUAAUGUCAGCUUGGAGGAGGAGCUUCGAAAGGCCAAUGCUGCCAAGGGCCAACUAGAGACUUACAAGAGACAGGUGGUCGAACUACAGAACAGACUAUCAGAAGAGUCUAAAAAGGCCGACAAGAUGGAGUUUGAGUACAAACGCCUCAAAGAGAAGGUGGACUCUCUACAAAAAGAAAAAGAUCGCAUGAGAACAGAGAGAGACUCUCUUAAGGAAACUAUUGAGGAACUCCACUGCGUUCAGGCUCAAGAGGGACAACUUACAUCAAGUUUGUUCCCACUAGGGGGCAAUGAAAGCUCAGAUUCCCUGGCUGCUGAGAUCACCACUCCAGAAAUCCGGGAACAUCUGAUUCGCCUUCAGCAUGAAAACAAAAUGCUGAAGCUGGCCCAGGAAGGAUCGGACAACGAGAAGAUUGCUUUGCUGCAGAGCCUGCUGGAAGAUGCUAACAGAAGAAAAAGUGAACUGGAGACAGAAAACAGAUUAAUCAAUCAGCGGUUGAUGGAGGAGCAGAGUCAGGUGGAAGAGCUCCAAAAGACGGUGCAGGAACAGGGUUCAAAAGCAGAUGAUUCAUCAGUUCUGAAGAAGAAAUAUGAUGAACAUGUGGAGAAGUUACAAGAAGUGAACAAUGAGUUACUGAAGAAAAAUGCUAUCAUCGAUGAAAUGGAGCCUAAAUACAAUGCCAGCUCCCAACGAGUGGAUGAGCUUGAAGAAGCUCUGAAGAAAAAAGAUGAAGAGAUGAAACAGAUGGAGGAGAGAUACAAGAAAUAUCUUGAAAAAGCAAAAAGUGUUAUUCGGACGCUGGACCCGAAACAGAACCAAGGCUCCGGUCCGGAGGUUCAGGCCCUGAAAAACCAGCUCCAGGAGAAGGAGAGGAUGUUGCUCUCACUGGAGAAAGAAAUGGACAAGACAAAAAGCCAGCGAGAUCACGAGGAGAAACUGAUUGUUUCAGCCUGGUACAACAUGGGCAUGUCUCUGCAGAAGAAGGCGGCUGAAGACCGACUUGCCAACACCGGCUCUGGUCAGUCCUUCCUGGCCAGACAGAGACAAGCCACCAGCACACGUCGCUCCUACCCAGGCCACGUCCAGCCAGCUACCGCAAGAUCCAUGAGCAAUAUCACUGCAUGACUGGUAUGCCAGUGAGCUACUCCUAGCCUUGUGCGGCCGGGCCCGGCCUUGUCCCCCUGUGGCCUGCCCUGACCCCGGGCCAGGCUAGGCUGAGGCACCUGAUGCAUGAACCUGCCUGCCUACUGUUUGCAUGACCCCUCUGUGUUAUUUCAAGCCUUCAAAAUAACCCGUCCCUCUAUCGGCUGCAGCAGCAUGAGCACUAACAACCCUUCCGCAUUGUUAUGCAGCAUAAUCUCCAGGCAAGUCUGAUGAGGGAUUUGGGAUCUGAAAAGAAAAAUUAUCCGAUUAAUUCCCUUUUCCACCUUCCAUGCCAAUAGUCUGAUGUUAAUGUCCCUGUCCUCCCUCCUUCAUACCUUCUAACUCCACUGUUACACCUGAUGGACACAUCCACUAGUGCUUUCACAUGCAACAAGUCUGUUACAAUGCAGUGUGUGUUUCAAGCAUCCCAGAAGGGAUCAGAGCACACCAGUAUUUCCUCUCCAUCAACCUGUUUAGUAUUUAUGAAAGGUCUUGUCUUCGUCUGGCUGUGUCAGAAUAUCUCAGUGACAUAUUUCCACAGAUCCAUUUCAGUCUACAUGACUGAGAGGAUUAAUGUGUUAUUUAAGAGGUACAGCCUGCAAAUUGGUCUUAUUUAGAGUUUUCCUUUAAACUGUUGCAUCACGUCUGACCUCUUAUUUGUUGGAUUGGAUCUUCAAGAUGUUUUUUUUUAAUUAUUUUAAUUUAAUCCAGGUGUUGAUUACGGCAAGUUUUGAACAAAGCAACAUUUUUGGGGGGCUUUCCUCUGUUGCCUUGUUUUUAUGAGCUGAGGAUGGUAAAUAAUGUGUGCUAUAUUAACAGUCUUGUUACAGAUUAGUUUUUAUUUGAGUUAAAAGUCCUCAUUAAGCCUAAUCUUACCUCUUUCCAGCCCUUUUUCCACAUUGGAAUUUUUUUUCAUCUUAUUUAAUUUAUUUUUUGAGUGUAGGCCAUAAUUUUAGAAAUGAUUGUAAUUAUACCAAAAAUCUUAUCUCUUUUUAAAAAAUUUUUUUAAUGAUUCAUAAUUUAAAAUUACAAUAUUAGAUUAAAAGUGCAUUUGCAUUGGCAAGCCAAUGGGCAGUCUGUUCACUUUAGGGCCUAAAGUGAACCUCAUGUUUAGGCUGAGUAGUAAUCAGUGAAAUGAUGUGGAAAAGGCAGAAAAAGGUUGCAUUAAUUAUAACUUCCUUUAAGGAAAACGUCAAACCAGCAAAAGUAGAAGAACCUUCCUUUCAUGUCUGGUUUUCAGUAUUAUCAGAGCUAAAAGACUUGCAGUAUCAAAAUAUCUUGGCAUUUUGUGUUCAUGGAAUAAAUUGCAGUUCAUUCACUUCACAGCAAAUUUACAUGUUUCUGUCAGCUAUGUAUGUAUGUUUUCCAGUUUUGUUUUAGUAAAUGUUUUAUUUAACUUUUAUUUUCCAGACUUCAUUAAAAAUCUUAUCCAGAAUCUGACAGUAUGGACAAGUUGCAAGUGUUAAACCCUAAAAGUAAGAGAUGGUUUAAUCCUCCAAUUGAGUGCCUUUUGUUUAUGAGACUAUCAAAAGGUUUUUAGGUUUGGAUUCAAUAAGUUACAAGAGUUAUUGAGUAUUUACGGCAAAAAAAACUCAGUUUGUCUUUAUCUUGACAAUAACUUAACUUUAAGUUUGGCUUAAUGAGAGCUUUUCUCCCCAACGUUUUACUCAUACUUCUUCUAUUGUUUAAUCUUAGUUUAAUCCAUGCAAUGCAUUUUAUCCUAACGGCUUAUUUAUUAUUUUUUGCUUGUACAGCAGUUUUACAUUUUUUUUAAUUAGUAGUAUUAUUAUAUUACCAUUUAUACUGUUACAAUGGAUGUAAUUGAGAUCAAAAUACUGUUACAUAACAUAUGCAACUAAAGGAGAAGGUUUCUAGUAUUAAAGCAUUUGUCUCCAAGUAUAAACUGGAGGGGUGAAAGCUACGGUUCUUGUACCGACAGUGUUUACAGGGAAAAAAAUUCCUUUUUAUUUUAAACACUGCGCAAAUAAAUUUGCACUUGUAUUUGAGUAUGAUGCUUUUCUCUUGAACAAAAGAAACAAAACCACAUUUUAAUUCUCACAUCAGAAAGAUUUGCAGCACUCAUACAAAUGACCUGUUAAGUUUAUGAACGAUGGACGUGAGAUUGGUAUGAUGGUAGCAAAAAUGAUCAUCAAAUAAAACUAUUUUUCAAAAACAGUGUUGAAAUAACAUGGAUGACUAAAGUUUCCAGGAUUUUAUAUAUAUAUAUAUAUAUAUAUAUAUAUAUAUAUAUAUGAAUCAUAUUUUUGUAAAUUAUGCAACAUUAACCAUUUUUCUGUUUGUAUUUCAAGUAAUGUUACACAGACCUCUUUUAACCGUCCAUCCUCAGAACAUGGUUUGUAUAUAUUGCAAACGCAUCCACAUUGUGGUUGACCUGUUGACAUUUAUGUGAGGGAUUUGGACAAACCUGCAUUAAGAACACUCAUCUAAAAAGGAAAAAAAGAAAAGCAGGCUUUCUGGUUUCCUCCUUGCAUCCCUAUCAAACCACCCACUGUAAUUUUGCCUUUGCAUCCAUUACCUGAUUACAGGUGGGGCCAAUUUGUGGUCUUUUUCAAUGGACAUUUCUUGGCAAUAAAGAAGGGGUUAAAAACCUGGUCUGCUGCUCUAACUAAAACAUUGAAACUCUUCAGUGUUCAAAGAACAAAUAUUUUACAUAAACAUGCUGAAACCCAUUGAAAACUAUCGUGUAUUUUUACAUGCCUCGUAUUCCCUAGAGUUCUUUUAAUUUGGCUGAUAAUAUCACUAAGGCUCUGUCAAAUGAAUUAGAAAGCUGAAAUGAACAACAAGGGGCCUUGUCUGGUUAUUGUUCCAUGAAUCCCAAAGUAGCAAAUAAUGUCCUAUUUGCCAAUAUUUUAUAUUGCUUGUAUAGAAAGACAAAUUGUACAUAACAUUUGUGGUCGUGUCGUAGGGCUGUUUAAAUAUUUGCGAUUGAGGAAAUCAGAAGAACAUGUCUAGUUAGGUAGAUUUCAUCUCACAUUUAUCCAACAAGGAUUACGCUGAUGAAAAUGUGCUUCCGACACCAUGAAACUUAGAAACCACGUUGUAAAUAAAACUUGUAUAAAACA